GGAUGUUUAAGUACAUACCGAUAUUUAAGGGAUGCAACCGGCAGAUCGAGUACGUCGACAACCGGCACUCGUCGCUGCCGAACGUCCCGGAGGAGAUCUUCCGCUACUCGAACAGCCUGGAGGAGCUGCUGCUCGAUGCGAACCACAUUCGCGAUCUGCCGAAGGGAUUUUUUCGACUCUAUCGGCUGCGAAAGCUCGGACUGAGCGACAAUGACAUAAUCAAAAUUCCAUCCGACAUACAAAACUUCGUCAAUCUGGUCGAGCUCGAUGUGUCGCGCAAUGAAAUCGGUGACAUACCGGAGGACAUCAAGCAUCUCCGCAGUCUGCAGAUAGCCGACUUCAGCUCGAAUCCGAUCUCGCGGCUACCGGCCGGCUUUACCCAGCUGCGGAAUUUGACCGUGCUCGGCCUGAACGAUAUGUCGCUCAUUUCGCUACCGCAGGACUUUGGCUGUCUGUCCAAGCUGGUAUCGCUGGAAUUGCGUGAGAACCUGCUGAAAAAUCUACCGGAGUCAAUUAGCCAGCUUACGAAACUGGAGCGCCUAGAUCUGGGCGACAACGAAAUCGACGAGCUUCCGUCACACCUCGGCUAUCUGCCGUCGCUACAAGAGCUCUGGCUCGAUCACAACCAACUGCAGCGAUUGCCGCCGGAGAUCGGGCUCCUAAAGAAGCUCGUCUGUCUGGACGUUUCAGAAAACCGGCUAGAGGAGCUGCCGGAAGAGAUCGGUGGUCUGGAGUGUUUGACCGAUCUGCAUCUGUCCCAGAACUUGCUCGAAACGCUACCGAACGGUGUGUCGAAGCUGACCAACCUUUCGAUACUGAAGCUGGACCAAAACCGGCUCCACACGCUGAACGACAGUAUCGGGUGCUGUGUCCACAUGCAGGAGCUUAUCCUCACGGAGAACUUUCUCAGCGAGCUACCGUCCACGGUCGGUAACAUGCUGGUGCUGAACAAUCUAAACGUUGACCGUAACUCCCUCGUGGCGGUACCGAGUGAGCUCGGCAACUGUCGGCAGCUCGGCGUACUAAGCCUGCGGGAAAACAAACUCACCCGGCUGCCGUCCGAGCUUGGGAACUGUGGCGAGCUGCAUGUGCUGGACGUGUCCGGCAAUCUGCUGCAGCAUCUCCCGUACUCGCUCGUCAACCUGCAGCUGAAGGCGGUCUGGCUGUCCGAGAACCAGUCGCAACCGGUGCCAACGUUUCAGCCGGACGUGGACGAGGCCACGAACGAGCAGGUGCUGACGUGCUUCCUGCUGCCCCAGCAACGCUACGUACCGUCUAAUCCGAGCCAGCGCGAGGACACCGACUCGGAAAAUUGGGAGGAACGGGAAGCCUCCCGCACACAUUCCGUCAAGUUCACGGAGGACUUUGGCGCGGACCGGGAUACGCCGUUCGUGCGCCAGAACACACCCCACCCGAAGGAGCUGAAGAUGAAGGCACACAAGCUGUUUGCGAAGGAGCGCAAAUCGGACGACAUGUCCGGUAACUUGGACACACUGUCGGAGGAGUCGGCAUCGCGGCCUUCGCUGCUGAACCGUUCCGGGUACGGGGCGGCCACGAUGGAAGACAUACAGGGGCACGCGAUUCCGCACGACGAGGAGCAGGGUGGUGAAGUGGCGGCGGCGGGCGCAGCAAGUUCGGACGCGGGCGGUGUGGACAAUGCACCGGACGAUGAGGACGAUGGGUACGAGAAGCGGGUCGGUUUCGAGGUGAACGAGGAUGAGGAGGAUGAUGCCGAUCGGCAGCAGUACGGUGGAGAGGAUGGCGAUGGCAAGAAGCCAAUCUCUAAAUUGCACCGCAGAGAUACACCUCAUCAUUUGAAGAACAAGCGAGUCCAUCAUACCAUCACCGAUAAAAACACGAACCUGAUGUUUACCUCGCUGAAGCUAAAGGAAAUGACUCCGCCAAAGCUGGACGAACAUCCCGUACUGGAGCAGGUACCGUCGACUGCUGGCAGCAUUGCUGAAGACACACUCGACACGUACACCGCACUCAAGGAGGAGCGUCUGGAGAUACACAUUGAGCGCACGUCUGCCGGGCUCGGGCUUAGUAUUGCCGGUGGGCGCGGUUCGACACCGUUCAAGGGCGAUGACGAGGGUAUCUUCAUCUCGCGCGUCACCGAACGUGGCCCGGCAGAUCUGGCCGGGUUAAAGGUUGGCGACAAGGUGCUGAAGGUAAACGGAAUCUCGGUCGAGGAUGCGGACCAUUACGAUGCGGUCGAGGUGUUGAAGGCGUGCGGCUCGGUACUGGUACUGUUUAUUUCCCGCGAGGUAACGCGCCUGAUCGGACAUCCGGUGUUUGACGAUACUGGUUCGGUGGCACAAAUCAACGUGGUUGAUCAAGACUCGCUUAAGACGGCUAGUGGGCCACCGCUGUUGGGUGCACCGCUCGGCGUUCCGACCAUUGUCGGGGACAGUGUUGGUGUUCCACCGUAUAUGGGCGCACUGUCACCGAACACGGUUGGGCUACCAAAUGGUGGUGGUGGUGUUGGUGUUGGUAGUAUGGACAUACCGAACGGGAACGAAAUUACGCAAAAGAUUAUCCUGCACACAACGCUGAUACGUGACCAGAUCGGACAGGGGUUAGGUUUCAGUAUUGCGGGCGGUAAGGGACAUGCACCGUUCAAGGACGGUUCCGAGGGUAUCUACAUUUCGCGCCUUACCGAGAACGGGGUGGCACACAAGGAUGGCAAGAUAAUGGUGGGCGAUCGGGUGCUAGCGAUAAACGGUGUCGAUAUAACGAACGCUCAUCACGAUUAUGCAGUUCAGCUGCUGACCGACCAUCAGCGUUUCGUGCGUCUGGUGGUACAGCGUGAAGUGAAGGGACCACUAGAACCAUUGCACAGUCCCCGCAGCCCAGUUGUGGGUCCAAAUCGCCCCGGAGCAUACAUGCCCAACCGUCUUGCAACCACCUACACCGGCUACCGACGUACCGGCGAUGACAGCCAAGAACAGCCAGCUGCCCACCCACACCAUCACCACCUAACCGAGUCGAUCAAAACGCCCGACAGCGAACCGAAGGUGGUGGAUGAACAGCACACACAAAAGGUAACUGGCGGGGCUAAUGCACUUUCACCUAGCGCCUCAUUUGCACCGCACACGCCAUCUGCCACACUGCUGCAGCAUCAGCAAGGGUUGCCAACGCAGGUGGAUGCUGCUAAGCAGCAGCAGCCUCCCCUGCCUGCACCGCGUACAGUAUUAAUGCAAAACGUAAAUAACAAACACAGCACCGCUCACAACAGUAGCGCUGACGGUGGUCCGAAUAGUAACGGCGUGGCGAUGUACAAGCAGCAGGAGCAGCCGAUCGAUUCGACGGCAACUGCCAGCAAUGGUGUGGUAGCGCAUACCGCGCCCGCUAACGACGAUCCACAGGUUGCAGCGAGGCCCAUGACCAGCGCAGAUUUUCAGGCCAUGAUACCGUCUCACUUUAUCAGCGGCGGCCGGCAGGUAACCGUGGACAAGUCCGAUCACGGCCCGUCGGUAACGGUGACGGUACAGAAGGCCGUCCCGGACAUGCCGAUGUUGCCACCGGCACCGACCGAGCUCGGCACUGUCACGGAAACGAUUACCAAGUCAACGUUCACUGAGACGGUAAUGACCAGGGUCACUGACAAUCGCUUAUUGGAACCACUAAUCAGCGAGGAGGUUAUCCUGCCGAAAGAUCAAGGAUCGCUUGGCUUCAGUAUUAUCGGUGGCACUGAUCAUUCCUGCACCCCGUUCGGGGCAAACGAGCCGGGAAUAUUUAUAUCGCACAUCGUGGCCGGCGGUAUUGCUGCCCUGUCCGGCAAGCUGCGCAUGGGCGAUCGCAUCCUGAAGGUGAACGGUACCGAUGUGACGCAGGCAACGCACCAGGAAGCGGUAAUGGAGCUGCUCCGACCGUGCGAUGACAUUAAGCUAACCGUACAGCACGAUCCACUUCCGGCCGGUUUUCAGGAAGUAGACAUUGUCAAGCAAGAUGGCGAACGGCUUGGUAUGCAUAUCAAGGGCGGCCUAAAUGGUCAGCGCGGUAACCCGCUGGAUAACGCGGACGAGGGUGUCUUCAUUUCCAAGAUCAAUGCGAACGGUGCGGCCAAGCGCGAUGGACGGCUGCGCGUUGGCAUGCGCAUCCUCGAGGUAAACGGUCUGUCGCUGCUCGGUGCAACGCACCAGGAAGCGGUCGAUGCGUUGCGUGCCUCGGGCAACAAGCUCCAUCUGGUCGUGUGCAAGGGUUACGAAAAGUCGGAUCUGCUCCAUCUGGCCGGUAGUGCCGGUGGUAUGAGUACCGGACUAAACAGCAAUGGUGACAAUGCGAGAAUUGGGUCGCGUGCGUCGGAAACGGGUUCGGAGCUUAGCCAGAGUGUAUCCAGCCUCGACCGGGACGAUUCGGUAAUAAUGGCCGAAACGCACCGGAAGCUAAGCGUGGACAAGAUCGACGAGGAAACGUUACCCCCGACGAAACCCACUGCCACCGAAUCGAUCGAGCAGCCUGAACCUACCUCCCAGGCACUUAUCAGCGUCAAUCCAAACGAUCAACAGGUGGCGAUCGGUUCCAAGGAGAAAAGUACCCCGGAGAAGGUACUGGAUAUCGUACGGGCAGCCGAAUCGUUAGCGCUCGGUAGUCAGCUAGUCGAAAAUGGGCCCCCGAAAUCACCGACCGAGGUGACGUCCGAACCGCUGCAGAAAACGACCACCAUUGUGAUGUCCAAGCACACCCUCGAUACCCAGACACCUCAGAUUGAACGCCGCUAUGGAAGCGUCCGGUUGUUGUCGCAUGCGAACGAACCUCCCAUCUCCUCAAUUAACUCCUCCACCACUGUAGCGAACCAUCCCGCUGUCGAUACUAACUACUGCCAUCCGAAGGGCUUACCGAAGCCCGUCCGACCACACCGACCACCACCCCCACCACCACCAUCAACCCCCGGAGGCUCCUCCGCCACCACCAACACCGAACCGAAGCCGCUCGCCAGUGUGGACCAGCCACCCGCAACCAAAGCACCUCCUCCACCGGCAAACCCCACGAACCAGCUGAAGGACCCCAACGUGGUAACGCAUCGUAAAUCGGUUAGCUUUGAUCUGCACGAAGAUACGCACGGGUUCGAUACGGCGCUCCAUCAUGCCCGUGCCGCAUUUGCCGGCGGCCCUUCGCCGACGCCCGAUCUCAAGGGUAUUUUGCGUGCGAGCAGUCCAUCGUCUUCGUCGACGAAUCGUAGCAACAGCUCGACACCGGAGGGCGUCCAGUUGCAGCCGAAGGUGGCUAAUCUCGAUUCCGAUCCCGACACAGACUCCGAUACGGAUACCGAUGACGAUACGGACGCUUCGGACGAUGGAGGUACGCACGAGAUGGAGGAGUCGAAGGUGAUCGAUCGGACACCGAGUACACCUGGACCGGCUGCUGCUGCCGGUAAUCCAAUCCGUAGGGCUGAGGUUGUGCGCAAUCAGGCGGCCCGAAAACUGCACGAAGAGUUCGGCCAGGGUGAUCUGGUGGAGUACGAGCACGAUUCGACGACCAACACGAUUCGGGAGGUGGUGGUAAGUGGUGUGACCGGUACGUUGCGGCACACCGAACGGGUCGAAGUACUUCCGGCCCGCUACGAAACCUUACCGACCAAACGGACGGCACAGUUCGUGCACGAGAACACCCCGAACAAUCUGCUCGUCCCGGACGAGGUUCAUCGGCAGGUACUGCUGGAGGAAAACGAAGUACGCAACAAGCUGCUGGCACAGUACGCACACGAACAGCACCAACAGCAGCAUCAUCAUCACCACCAGCAGCUUUACACCGUGCACCAUCAUCAUCCGGGUGAGCUGAUUGGACGUGUGCCUUCGCCGUAUCUGUACGAUUCUGGAUCCGCGUCCGUAUCACCGUUACCGGCUGUGUCGCAGUACAUUCCGACCCACACGACACCAUACGACCAUCAUCACCAUCAUCUUACCAAGCUUGGUGGUGUAACGUCACCACCACCACCACCACCGCCCCUACCCGAUCUUGGCUAUCAUCUGCCGCAGAUCUAUCCGCCGGUGCAAAUACUUCCGGUGCACUACACCAAACUACCCACACCGCAGCACACCAUCUACACGUACGCGUCCGGCUCGGUACCGGUGAACCAUGCGCCGAUCGUAUCGCCGGCCACAAGCGGCCAAAUACCCUACACUACCACACCCUACCACCUACCGUACAGCAGCGUCCGGAUGGGGGGAACCACCACCACCGCAACUUACGUGUCUUCCGCGCAUCAACCGUCCACCAACACUACCACCCACGUACUGAUGCCGUCGCCGCCCCUAGGACCGAAGACACCGAAAAGUGUAUCCGACAAGAAGCGAUUCUUCGAAAACGCGAUGGAAGAUCAGCAAAAACCGACACCGAAAUCAGAUAAAGUCUUCUCCUUUCUAUCGCAAGAUGAGGUAGAAAAGCUGAGACAGGAAGAUGAGCGUAAAAUUGCAACGCUCGGCAAGGACCUGAUGCACCAACGGUUCGGUGCGGCCGAAGACGAUGAAGAGGAGGAGGAGGAGGAAGAAGAGGACGGCGACGGCGACGACGUCCGGCCGACUAGGGGUGGAAGCGAACCGCCGGCAACGACAGGUGACAAGUCGGACAUUAACGACAAUAACAUGAGAGAGGAUCCGACCAGCCGUGACACUGCUAGCGAGGAGCAGAAAAUGGCCGCCUCCCUGCUGAUGGCAUCGUCACCGCUCGCGAAAACACCCAUGAGCCGCAUCCCGAUACGUACCGCGAAUGCGGAAAAGCGGGCCCGAGCUAGCAACUGUCUACCGCCCGAGUACGACGAGUCUAAGCUUAGCCCAUCCGAGAUCCGUGCCUUGCGGGCUCAAAAACGGGCGGCAUGGCGACAGGCGCGUCUUAAAUCGCUCGAAAACGAUGCGCUGCAGGCGCUGAUUAUGAUACAAACGAUGAGUGCCGCUGGACUGCUGGACGAAUCGGCGAUGAAUACUAGCAGCGGUGGUGCAAGUGAAGGUGUCGAUGGUGGUCCACCACAGCCAGCAGUAGGAUUAAACAUCACGGACAGCAGCAAUCCGUCGCCACCGCCUCCAUCACAGUCUCCAUUACCGUCCGACGCAGCACCGUCUCCGGUGAACGUCAACAACAACGAGGAGCAGGCGCUAGCGGAGGACGUACGCCACGAUGCAGCUGGACGGCGAAGCGUGUGUGAGGAGGAAAAUGGCACCGACCGGUUACAGCAACGGUUUCCACGACUGGCGGUAAAAUCGCGCCCCGGCAGUGAAAUCGUCGUGCGCGAAACGGAAAAGGUCGUCGAAGAGAAGGUGACCCGACGGACGGAGGAAGCACCGGGCGGUGGCGUCCGGACGGUUGAGUACAUUGAGAAGGUCAUCGAAACUGAGGUGGAAACGAUGCGCGAAAAAAUUAUAAUGUUCGAGCUGGAAGACUCGUCGUCCGGCGACAGUGAGCGUGACAGUGGUAAGCCGGAUGUAAAAAAUGGCAUCACCGAACCGGACGGCCAUCGACCAUGGCCGGAGGGUGACAAUGGGCCGCAGGAACGGCAAGAAGAUUCGGAACCGGAACCGAUGCAGCUGCAGACGAUAGUUGAGGUGAUCAAUCCCAUGCUGACCGGUGACGGUCAACCGAAUGAUAUUGCAAUCGGCCGCUACAACGACGACGUAAGGGAGGAAGAUUCGCUUGUGACCGUCCCGGGAACGACGGCACCGCUCGAGUACGGUGCGCGGUACACGUACGAGCACGGUACGUACGAAUCGAUCAACGACAAGAUGAAACACGUGCUGCGCGAACUGAAGCAAAACGAGAAGGUACGGCAAAAUCUGUCCAAAAGCCUUACCGAGGAAGAAAUUCUAGCCCUGCAAGCGCAAGAAGCGGAGCAAGAGGAAGCGCACGAAGACGAAGAGCUGGAGGAAGAGGAGGAGGAAGAUGAGAUCGUACCAGAACCGUACGAGGAGAAAACGGGCGCCAUCGGUACGGUGUUUAUGGUGCGCGAGCGACUGAUCAACGAUUUCUACACCCACCAGAGCGAGCUUGCACAGGAGCAGCAGCAGCAGCAAAGGAAGUACCAGCAGCAGCAACUCCUAGAUGAUAAUGGGUCCGCCUCAUACCGUGACUGUGAGGUCAUUACGAAUCCGAACGCGGAACGGUUUUCGCCCGCGUUCGAUAAUCAGCAUUCCGGACCGGGGCAAACGCUUUACCGUCAGACGCUGCACUCGGAAAAGCUGCGUGCCGUGUUUGUCGCCAGUGACGAAGGGGAGGACGAUGAGGAUGAGAAGGACGACGGGGAGGAUACGGAUGAUCAGCGAAAUGGUAAUGCCUCUGCGAUCGGUACCGAUGCGCCCGUCGUACGCGAUCAUGAUGAGGGGGAGGAGGAGGAGGAGGAGGAACUAGAGGAUGUCACGCAUUCGAACCGUACGGCCAGUGGUGAGACAAACAAUGGCACUACCAUCACCAACAAAACUCCCAAUACCGUCACAUCAUCGGUUACAUCUCAUCUUACGACCGGUGGCGCCAGCGCUAAUAAGCGUAAAAAGCGAAAGGGCAAAAAGAAAAAGUAA